GAAAUAUCCUUAUAUUUACUAAGCAAACCAUCACUGCGAGUUGCAAUCACUUGUGGUACAGAAGCUGUUAAUCAGAAUGAAGCUAUGCUAAAAAGGUUUUUACCGAAUUUUCCAGAUACUACUAAAAGUAGUAAUCAUGUUAUUGAAAGACCAAAAUUUCAGAUGUCACCCGAAAAAGUAUUUUUCCCAUUACCUUUUGCAGUAAAUUUUUCUGCGAAAUGCUUCCGUGGCGCACCUUAUACACAUUCCGAUGGCCCUAAAUUACAGGUUCUUUCAUCUUUAAUGAAAAUACAUUACUUACAUCGCGAAAUUCGAGAAAAAAAUGGAGCAUAUGGGGGUGGUGCGAUGUACUCCCCUACAAGCGGCAUAUUUUCAUUUUUUUCAUACCGGGAUCCCAAAACUUUGGAAACUCUACAAACUUACAAACAAGCGAUUGAUUGGGUAGCGAAUCGGAAGUUUAGUCAACAGGAAAUGGAUGAAGCAAAAUUAUCAAUAUUUCAGAGUAUAGAUGCACCAAUAAGUGUUGCACAAGAAGGUUUAAUAUAUUUUGAAGAUCGGAUUAGUGAUGAUAUGAGACAAUUACGACGUGAACAAUUGUUAUCAGUUACAGAGGAUGACGUUAAAAAGGCCGCGAAAAUUUUAGAACAACAAGAACAUUUAAAUUGGAAUUCUAUUACGAUUAUUGGAGAAGGUAAACCCGAAAUUUUGGAAGAUAGUAAAUGGAAG